AUGCGCCUCGCGCGCACCCAAGCACACCAGAAGGCUGAAGAAUAUGCCGCGGCCCUUGACGAGGUACGUGCGAGAUGGGACUCUCUCAGUUCCCCCGAGUUGCAGCGUUUAUUGCUCGGGCUGUUGGGGGACCCCGUUAUAGCAAAGGUCGCUAAAGAAGCUGCUUCCAUACUAAACUCUGCUUCCAAGACGUUUGGUCAGUCGCACGUUGGCCCUAUACGUCCAAGGCUUGGAAUACCGUUCGGGCGAGGACCAUAUUUCAAGUGUGGCCGCUUGCGCGCACCUGUAGGGCCACUCAGGCGCAGUACGGACGGGGGACGUGGAGCCCUUAGUUAUGGAGGGCGAGCAAACACUCGCGGAUAUACUCGCUUGAUGUUUGAUUUACAAGAUUUUGUUGACUUGUACUUUCCUUUUUGUUUUAUUUUUCGCUGUUAAAUAAAACAUUUUGCUUGUGUUCAUCUUUGUCCAUAAAAGCCCUUCUUGUCGUUGACCCUGGGGGACCUCCUAUGUGUCUCUGUUCUGGACCUGGUUCGGAUUCUGGGGACAACGAGGGGUUGGUUUCCCUGUUUGUCUCCGCCUAGCUUUACGGUUUUCCCUUUGCUCCCUUUUUCAGGCGCGUCAUUCUCGUUUCGCCUCGCAGAUCUUGGAGGCUCGGGACUCGUAUUUACAGUUUCGAUUUCGCGGACCUGUCCGUCUUCGCUCUUUGGCACAGGGAACCUAGCCCUUCGUUGGCCCCCUGGCCUCUCCGGAGAUGGUUUCCUCUCGCCCGGAAUUAGGUGUUUUGACCAACCUUCGCUUCCGUGACCCGGGUCAAAGCUGGUAUGAUUCACGAAAGUUUCCCUGUUUGGCAGCGUCUUCUGGCCGAUUGUUACUGUGCAGUGGAUCUUCUCGAGAUCCUCCGGGAUGGUGUUGGUGUGGAGCACUUUUUCACCCCAUUUAGGGGGGAUUUUAAGGGGCAGUUCUACCAUACGCAGACCACUCCUUCCAUUCAGAUUAAGAACGCUGCUAUUUGCGCAUCAGGGGUUUUGUCCGUUUGGGGAGAAGUUGGAGUCGUGUCUCCGCCUCAUUUGGUCCUUCCAAUUACCAUUGAGCCGUCCAAGCCUCGUCUCUGCCACGACGAAAGGUUUUUAAAUUUAUGGAUUAGGGAUCUUCCAUUUAAAUUAGAUCACCUGGCUGUUUUGCCCCGGUAUGUUUUGCCUGGGCAUUUCCAGACGACCUUUGAUGACAAGAGUGGCUACCAGCAUGUUCGGCUGCAUCCGUCGUCUGAGACGUACUUUGGGCUCGAGUGGGAUAAUUUCUUUUUUGUGUUUCGUACGCUCCCCUUUGGUUGGAAGGCCAGCGCCUAUAUUUAUCAUAACUUAGGUCUAGUCGUCUCGCAUGCCGCUCGCUCCCUUGGGGUUCCACUGUCACAGUAUAUUGACCCCCGUCAUGUGGGACAGCUUUUUGCCUCUCCGAUGCGUUCCGUCAUUCUUCCAAGCACUCAGAGAGCUGAAGCUGCAGCUUACAUUGUGUGUUACAUUCUAAUCGAAGCUGGCUAUUUCAUUAAUACUAACAAGUCGCAGUACGUUCCUUCUACGGUGGUCUGUUUUUUGGGUUUUUAUGCGAUUUUACUCGCCAGGCGUUUCUUAUUCCCCAGGAUAAACAGACGAAGUUCGCGAACUUGCGGGAAAGUAUUUUGUCAUCCUCCUGUGUCAGUCUUAAAACGCUGCAACGUUUCGUUUCUUUUGCCUGGUGGCAAGCUUUACGUCCGCGAAGUCUUUAACGUAAUAGCCCAGCUUACGCGUUCUUCCAAGGCUGCUGCUAAAGUCCAAGGAAGACUCCGCUUUGAUGUCGCAUAAAGGCGCUUUUUAGACGAUUGGUCAGAUUGCUUGCCUUAGAGGUCGGAGCAACUUUGUAUAGUCUCCCUGUCCUGAUAUGCCUCUAAACGCUCGUGGGGUGGAGUUAUUUUUAAGGACGAGAGAAGGAUCGAGUCCAGAGACUAUUGGAUAGAUGCUUCCUAUGAUAAUAACUCUCUCGAGGCUAAGGCUUUGGUACGCUCACUCUUCGCUUUCCGAGAUCAUGUACGUAAUUCUAGGGUUGAUAUUCAUACUGAUAAUCGAACCCUCAAGGCCGUCUUGGACAAUUUUGGCUGCAAGAAUUCAUCUGAUAACGAUUCUGUCAAGGAAAUCUUGGAGUGUAGCCGUCAGUUAAACUUGGCUAUUGAUGUCCAUUAUGUUCCUUCUCGCAACAAUAUGGCAGACGCACCUUCUCGAGCGUGUUCGGACCUUGACUGUAUGUUGUAAGAACAGGCCUGGAAUUAAGGGAAGCGCAGAUUCGGUCUUCACUCUUUCGAUCUUAUGGCGUUAGACAGUAACUGUCGAAGGGGUCGUUCUUGUCUAAUGCUUCCUCAUUAUUCUCCUUGGCCUACUCCGGCCUCUGAGGGGGUUAACGCCUUUGCGCAGCCCAUCCCAUUGGAGCAUAACAUUUACGCUUUUCCGCCUUUCGUUUUACUCGGUCGUCCGCUAUUGAGGUAUUUUUUGGAUCAAGGAUUCCAUGGAGCCCUUACCCUGGUGGUCCCAGAUUUGCGUCUCAGGCGGUUUGGUGGGCUCUCCUUCAGUCUGUCACAGACGAUCGCCUUUUGCUUGGCAGGAAGGGCGGCGAUGCUGUGUUGCUUUUUCCCUCUCGCUCCACGCAUGUCUGGUCGGCGCGACGUCUUCAGUGGGACUUGUGGGCUUAUCGCUGUAUUUUCUAAUUUUUUGCCGUUUAUGGUCUUCUGCUAGAUUCCGCGACCUUGGAAACCAGCCCGUCUUUGUGGUUCGUGCUUGUAUCCGAAUGACGCAGAUGCCAAUUUCUGUCAAGCGUGUGGGGUUCCCACUGCGCCCUUGGUGCCAGCUGUUCCCCGUGGCAGGGGUACUGUGGAUAAGAAGGUUAUUCAAGAGCGUUUUCAAGAGUUUAGGUCUUCGUUUGAGCGUCGGCCCUAUCAACGUCAAAAGUCAGCCCUUGAGCAGCAGUUAUCUACGUUUCUCGCGUCAGUUUCCCCGCCUAAAACAAUUUCAUCUUGUACGGUAGAUGACGUUAUUAAGUUUCUCAUUUAUAAAGAUUCGUCGGGGCGAACAGUGGUUCAUGUCCCCACAUGUUCCGGAGAAGCUUGCGCCUGCCCCCGCCGUUUAGCCGCUGGCACCGUUGACUCCCUGCUUGGAAAGCUCAGGUCCAUCUUUAUAAUAAACUUGGUCGCAUCGACCACACUAAUCCUAUCGCGCAUCCUUGCAUCAAGGAAUACUUGA